AUGAAUACACUCAUGCUGACGACAGGUACGGUGGAAGAUCAGCCCAUGGACGGCAAUAUGCCUUUUUCUUCUUACAACAUGAUGGACUCAGGGGGCGCUGGCAUUGAAUCUCCACCGACCUAUCACCGGAGCUAUGAGCAAUAUGUCCAAGGCGCUGUAGAGAACAGUACUGAUUCAGUCCAAGACCAGACCAGUCCAGAACUGGUAGUCUGGUCUACACUACCAUACGGUCUGGAUUACAGGGCGCAGUAUGAUUACAGAAGCCCUUAUGAUACCUCAAGGGAUUAUUCCUCACAGCAGUAUGCAAGAGCGCCAUUCACAACCAAGAUGGGCCAGGCCAAAGCGUUGAAGGAAGCCAGGAUACGAAGACCUAUGAACGCGUUCAUGGUGUGGGCGAAAGUGGAGCGGAAAAAACUGGCUGAUGAGAAUCCAGAUCUUCAUAAUGCUGACUUAAGUAAAAUGCUAGGUAAAAAAUGGCGUUCUCUCACACCGCAAGAUCGGCGACCGUUCGUUGAGGAAGCCGAGAGACUUCGCGUUAUCCACAUGACAGAGCAUCCAAACUAUAAGUACAGGCCUCGUAGGCGAAAACAAAACAAAGCCAGACCUAACCAACCCGCCACGCCUUCCAGCGCACCCUCGUCCGCUUCAGCGACCCUAGGAUCUCCUUAUGCCACCGCCAAUGACUCACCCGAUACACGUUUUUCACACAACCCUGGUGCUGGUUUCUCCCCAUACCGAACUUCACCCCUGGCGUCCGACUCGUUCCAAUCUAACCAAUUCAACGGCCAUGUUCAAACUCCUGAAUCCUCGCCUGCCAGAUCUCCUGAACCACAAGGGAGAAGAAGUGCACCGGCCGAAGCUCCUUUGCCUACCCCAGAUGCUUCACCAGUAGAAAAUGAAAAGGAAAAUUACCAGUACGAGGAAAGGCGAAGAGCGAUAAACGCUUCAAGUAUGUCAGACUCAUAUUCUUACAAAUCUUAUCGGACACCUGGAUCCUUUUCUCCAGCUCCGGUCGCUGCCAUGGGUAUGGCGAAUGGCAUGUACGUGAUGUGCACUCAAAGGACAUUAGCUGAGCAGCCACCACUGGUAACGGGUACAUUUUUCCCACCAGUAGCAACAUCUCAAGAUCAGCAAGCGUUGGGAUCAACUGCGCCGAGAGUUUCGUCCGCCCCGAGUGGACCGUUGACUACAGAAUAUAGCAUUCAGUACCAUCCAUCAUACGAGCAGUACGAGCAGAUGUAUAAAACUGAGGAUUCCUAUGUCUCACACUAUCCCGAGCAACCUAAAACUGAGUACGAGGAGUAUAAUGCGAGUGGGACUUACUUUGCGGAGGAGCCACCUAAUCAGCAACAAGAAACGGAUCAAAGUAUGAUGAACCCUCGUUCAGAGAUGCGGACAGGGUCUCCAGAGUCGGACGUAGACGCGAGGGAGUUUGAUAAGUAUUUGGACUACGGAACGGAAGGAGCUAUGGAACAGUAUAGAUAUGAACAGCAACAGCAACAGCAACAGCAGUACAGGCCUCCGUACUGUGGAGAACAGGGACCAGGGCCUGAAUACUGUUCAGACAGGAUGUACCCAUCUCCUUACGCUUCUGUGAUAUCAGGAGCUCCUCCUGCGGGGCCUUACACUCCAGCGCCGCCCGGCACCGAUGUGCGACCUGAUGAUGAGUUCAGCGUCAUUCUGGCAGGUGUCAGACAGACAUGCUACAGCAACUGA